AUACUGCGGUCGAAUUAAGUCAAUGCUUUACCGUCUUUGCUAUGUACAGUUUGAGGAUUUCCGUUAACAUGACAUUCUGCCUGUGAGUAAUAUUACAUAUUACGUAUUCCCGCACAAUUAAUUGAUGAACAUUAAAACCACUGGGAAUGUACAACUCAAUUACGAAAUUAAAGUCUGAAAUUGCUGAAAAAUCCAUGAAUAUUUGAUUUGCAAUCUCCAUUAUUGUUAGCGAUAUCUAUAAUGUUGUACAGCUAUUCAUAGAUUACUGAGUUUUAUUACAACAAUUUAUACGGAAUCAUCAACGAAAUGCCUCAUUUCUUCAAGCGAUCUUAUCAAGUCUGGAUGUGUCAUGAAAACAAAAAUUUAAAAACUUCUGACUUGACACGCUUCACUAAACACCAUGCUCGAGUUGUUCAACAGGACCUGUAAGGGGAAGCACGUCUGUUUGUGGAGUCCUCGUCAUUGUACACAUGGAAAACAAACCCACCUGAUGGACAACACGUGAUGUCAAUAUAGUUAUGGAGAUUGAUCUGUGGAUACCAGUGUUACUUUUAAUGUUAAACGGGAUUUACACACAAGGAACAUCGGUGUCUCUCCUUCAACAAACAUACUUCUUAUUUCCUGGAGAGAACGUCACUGUUUCUGUAAAUGUGACCUUUGAUCCUAAUGACGAAUAUGCCAUUACUUGGAUACGUAACAGCAACAACAUUUCUACCAAAAUCAGGAGUUUUGAAUUCCCUGAAAAGUAUUCUGGCGGUGAUAGGAGGAACCCUUCGUUAACGAUCCUGAAUGUAAAUGAAACCGACACUGGAAACUAUUCAAUCAGUGUUCUUGGUGGGAGGUCCUCAAACACUGCGGGGCCAGCGAGAGUGUAUGUUCUCACAAAAUCAGCCAUGACCCGAUAUGAAGAAAGUGCAAACAACUGUCCUGUUGACUGGGAAACUGUGUAUGAAAUAGAUACAAAGAAACGUCCAAUUAUCGCAGUCAAGGGCUGUGUUCUCAACAUGACGUCAUGGAGAGGGUCAUUUUACAAGGCUCAGCAAACCUGUCGGAUAUACAAGUCAGCGCUGUUACCUUUGUCUCCAAAAUUAUACCAAGAUUCAAUUAUUGAAGGUCCCUCAUUUGCAUAUCCAAAAUACAGUUUUUGGACCGGGACGUACGAUCGUUACGGUAGUCUUGUAACGGACGGCACGCCCCCACUUCACCUCGACAGCUUUGUCUCGAAUUACUUCGGAAGGAUAUAUGUUUCUGGUAACUGGACAGAGGACAGCCCACUCUGUAUCGGAUCCCAGAAUGCACUGCAAGAGCUACACAUUCGGAACUGCAAUGACAUACUUCCGUUUCUGUGUUACAAAAGAGCUGACGAUUUCACUUUUACUCGUGAUCUCAACAUUUGCCCCAGUGGUUGGAUUGGGGGAGUGGACAUGGAGUCCUGCUAUCUACUAAGGAAUGUUUCCUCUCGGGCUUUAUCUCGAUCAGAUGCUGUUCAGUUCUGCAGACAGAAAGGCGGAGAACUUCUACAGUUGAAAUUAGUAUCGGAUUGGCGAUUGGCUGUGAGAAUUCUUGGAUAUUAUCGUCUAAUAAAUACAUAUGUAUGGUAUAAUGAAUUGAGUGGAAUUGCCAACUGUCCAUCCCUGCAUCUGAAUGACAGAAUGACGAUGACUAGCAGAAACAACUGCAGCUUGACCUCUCAAGUGAUCUGUCAAACCGGCAGAAAAACUACCGAAUAUUCAUCAAAUGACGUUCAAAUUAUUUUCCAACCACCAACCACCACACCUAAUCCUAAUCCCAAUGCCAGCGCUCUAUACAAUGGAGGAGAAAUCACAUGCAUCUUCCCGACGCCCCACCUUGAAACUGACACAUACAGGUUAUACAAAGGAGGAAACUUACACAUACAGCUGAAGGAUUUCCAGACGAAUUACUCCACACCAAUCAUGAGUUGGAAUAAUGACGAUAACUCUGAUAUACUAAUUUUAUCAUCAGCGGCCAGUGAUAUAGAGAUCUAUACAUGUGAAGUUCAAAGAAAAGGAUUUGGAUAUUUGGCAUCGCAGGAGGUUUAUGCCAUUCCAAAUGGUAAGCGGGUGUUUGUGCUUCACGGAAGUGUUCGAUUGACUGGAAUCAUGGAACUAUCAGACGCCCUACUAUCAACUUACUGGGGCGGGAGCGGAUCGAACUGGUUUUCUCUUAUAUACUCGCAGAUUAGAGACUUAUUCAAUUUCGUCAGUUAUACACUAUUCAGGAACAGCGCUUUAAGAUUCAUUCGAAUCCAACAUGUGUCACUUAAAUAUGGCAACACUGUUGAUUUCCUUGUGGAUUACGUGGCGCCGUCGGAAGAAUGGAAACCAGCCAGAGAAAUGAAGGAGCUCUUAAGUAACAUCACUGAAACUGCAAAACUUGGAUUUCCGCAGAGGAGGAAGCGACAGGCGGGACCAGACGGAAUUGAUUAUAAGACAGUUGAAAUUCGUAGUGAAGAGAUCUGUACCAUUGGAUACAGUCCAGAUUUUCAAUCGAGUUUUACCUUUCAGGCAGUUGGAAACGGGUCCACAACUUAUUCCGAAAAUAUCUGUAUCACUGAUUUCGAGCCUUUGUUGACGGGCGUCUGUUACACCAGUACUGCCUCCCCGGCUGAGAUCCGUCACGUGUCAGUGAAUCCUAAUUGUCGUUUCCUUUUAGAUUCAAUAUUCACAAUGACGUCACUAAAAAAUUUAUCAGAGAUUUCUCUAGACACCAGCAACAUUGAGAGCAUUGCUGCCGAUGUCGCUAACCAUACUAGCAAUUCCUCGGAGCUUGAUGUUCCAGAUGUGGUCUACAUCGCAGUUAUACUACAAAAUAUUGCCAAAAUACCAUCAAUAUCUGUACAGACAUUGGAUGAUGUAUUGCAAACGUUUACGAACGUGUUGGAAGCCCCCGAGAGCAUACUAAAGACUGCUCAUGAUAUUGGCAGCAGUACAACAAGAAUAAUAGAGAGUGUGGAGACGAUUACGAGGAAUACAGCCUUUAACGGACCCCUGUAUCAGAACUUUCAGACGGGAUAUGCGGUAGCUGCUGUUGCUCCCGACGCUCCGUCCGUCGUAGGGAUUCAGGUAAAGAAGAAGGAUGGAAAUGCUGACUUGUCGAAUGAGACUGUCAAUCUCAUUACCGCGGAGGAAUAUUCAAAUUUAUCUACUGUAAACGCCGGGAUUGUCCUUCCGGAAGUCUCCGUUCAAGGAAACAAAACGAAAGCAUUCUUCACAGUUUACGAAAAUACGAAAUUGUUCCAAGUGAGGUCAAACAACAAGCGAUACGAGCUGAAUGGAAACGUGUGGUCAGCGACUCUCGUUACAGAGGGAAAAGUUGUCACGGACCUUGGAGGCAAAUUCGUCACCUCCGUAUAUAAGCCCAUAAAUGACACAGUAGAAUCGGUAUGUGGGUUUUGGAAUCACUCCUUGUAUGAUACUUCCGGUGGAUGGUCCACAAACGGCUGUCAGAAAACGGAAGUUAUGGAUGAUGGACGGGUCGUAUGUCAAUGUGACCACCUGACAAAUUUCGCCAUUCUUUUGGAUAUUAAAGGUCAAGAUGAUAUCAUUGACCCAGCCAACACCUUAGCCCUUUCUGUCAUUACCAUCAUCGGACUCAGUUUAUCUAUUAUAGGACUAGGGUUCACAGUCUUGUCAUUUAUCCUUUUCAAGCCGCUACGACAGGGAAGAGGACAACAAACCCUUCUGAACCUCGCUUUAGCGUUACUGUGUUCAAUGAUUAUAUUUUUGGCGGGAAUGGAACGCACGGAGAGUUACUAUGGUUGCAUAGCUGUGGCGGCGCUAAUGCACUACUUCCUGUUGGUAUCCUUCAUGUGGAUGUUAGUUGAGGGUUUUCUUCAGUAUCUAAGAUUUGUACGCGUCUUGGGUACUUACAUACCCAGAUUCAUGCUCAAGGCCUCCAUCCCAGCCUGGGGUUUGCCUCUGCUGCCGGUAAUCAUUGUUCUAGCAGUGGAUUAUGAUUUAUAUAAGGGAGGAACCUAUUAGAUUGAGCUGGACAUUUGGUAUAUUGGCUAUAGAGGACGCGAGAGUCGUGUUCAGUUACAUCUUUACCAUUCUAACAACGUUUCAGGGAUUCAUCAUCUUCAUCCUUUUCAUCGCCAGGGAAAAGAAACUGAGAUAUAACUGGAAAAAGUUAUGUUGCAAGAGAUUUGAAGGAAGGCAAAAGAAAUACAAGGCGACCAGUGACUCCUCGGGGAAUGCGCCAUUAAAAUUUAAUAAUGCUAGCUAUGACAGUCAUACGGCGUCCACCGAGUUAAAAUAAUACACAUUUUUUUCUUUAUAAUAUACGUUUGAUUAUUAUAUAUGAAUGUAAAACUCUUUGAAAGAUUUAAGAUUUUUCUCUGUAAAACGGAAAAGCUACACGUCAAGGGCUUGUUUGGAAGAUUUGAAAACACGUAAUGCUGAUGUAUAAGAAGGAUAGCAAGCCUCGGUUUGACUUCUUCGUUGGAUACGAUAUGACCGUCAAUCCUACGUAUAGAAUGAUAAAACAGAAAUUAACAGUUAUUUAUAGAAAUAACAUUUUCUAAUAUUUCAUUUUCUCUGUCAAAUGGCCACUGUACGUUACCUGUAUUUUGAAAUAUGCUAUAUACUUUCAUGUUGAUAAAAUGUUGAUAUUUCUUCCCAUAUUUA